AUCUUCCGUUUAAAGAACGUUAUCAAUAGCGUACAAUCUUGAUGUUAUGGCAUGCCUUUUAUACAGAGAACUUAAUACUGUAGGCCUAAAGUUCCCGUUUGGCAAGCACUCAGUUCAUCGUGAAGAUCACUGGUAGAAGUUGAAUUCGACAGGAAGGAUGCGAUAGUAUGUGUUGUGGUCGCAUUUUAACGUGAAAUUCAUCAAUUUGUGAAAGCUUAUAGAAGAAAGAUCUGUUUGUUUUGGGGAAAAAAAAAAAAAAAAAGAAUAUGUCUGCAGUUUUUUCUUUUUGGUCCAAACAAACGGCAAGUCAAGUGAUUUGCAGUAUUAAGGCAAGAAGAUUUUAAAUAUACAAAGGAAGAAUCAACUAUUGUAAUCAACUAUUGCUGAUUUUCACCAUUCAUUGCUAUGUGGGCAAGAUGUUUAUGACAGUCUUUUAAAUUUUAGUUUGACAUGUAUUAUCGAAUAUUUAUAUCAUUUUAUGUAUGACGGAUUACUUAUGCAGUUCUUGAAGCUCGUAUUUGAAUUUCCAGUAGAAGAGAUCUACCAUUUUGGAUAGCAAGUUGUACCAAAGAAUACAGUUACUUUGUCAAUUACUUUGCAACAGAGCUUAACAAACCUUGAAUAUAACGUAUUGAUUUUAUUCUAGAAGUCAAAGGAUAUGCUAUUUUGCGUAAUGAAUAAAUUACACAUAAUUUUCUGAAAAACUUUAUUCUUUGACCUCUUCUUGGUACAACAAAGAGCAUUUUGAAUUUUUGAUAUCAUCGACAUCAACUUGCGAAAACAUCUGAUUUUUUACUGGCUUUAUUCUCGUUGAGAAAAUUAAUUUCUCAGAACUUCUAUAAAUCAAAUAACAUGUGUUAUACAAAUAUAAUAACACAAACAUAAAAUAAUUUCUCAAGAUUUAUGUGAAAGAAAUACUAUAUGUUAUGGGACUAAAAUUAUUUAUCCUACUGAAGCGAAGAAAAUUUGUUUUAGAAAUAGACUACGUGCCUAGAUCAAUAGCUUUACUGCUUUUCUCUGAAGUUGCAAAAUUGAAAACGUAUUGAUUUAGUACUGUACUAAAAAUUUCAUAAUUUCUGUAUGAAUAUUUUAGUCAAAUAGUCUGUGAACUAUAUUUGACCUUUGUCAGAAAAUUGCCCGUGCUCCCAGUUUCAUAUCAAACAUUUGUGAGUGUGAAGUUAAUUCCUUCAGGAACUGUUUCAAAUAUCUCUUAGAAUGCAUUGCUGAAAGGAAUUUAAAUAUUCAAAAUAUUGCGCGACUCCCUCAUCUACACCUUAUAAAAUGAAUUAUUUCCCUGUUCUUCUUUUCGCAGCAGUUUUCAUUAACUAUCAGCUACAAGCACAACCCAUUCGGAAACACAGGACAAGAAGAAAUGCCUUCAGGAAUGAAAGCAGGCUCUGGCCAAAGGCUGUCGUUCCGUACGUUAUCAGUGAAGCUUACAAUAGCCACGAAGUAGAUGUAAUAGAAAAUGCCAUGAGGGAUAUACAUUCGGUCAGCUGCAUAAGGUUCAAACGGCGAAAAAAUGAAAAGGCAUACGUAGAAGUAGUUCGAGAGAAGGGUUGUCGGGCUGUUGUCGGAUACGUCGGUCGUCGGCAGAAAUUAACACUUGGCCCGGGAUGCGUUUGGAUAGCUAGAGUUCUCCAUGAACUUUUUCACGUCCUUGGGUUUUUUCAUGAACACACAAGGCCGGACAGAGAUGAUUACGUCAUCAUACAUGAGAACAAUAUUAAAACAGCUUCUAUGAGCAACUUUCGAAAGAUGUCGGAUGCUAAAGUGACUACAUUCGGCCUCCCGUAUGAUUAUGCGUCUGUGCUGCAUUAUCAUGAUUCAGAAUUCGCUAUUGACCGCUCUCAAAAAACGAUCGAACCUAAAAAGAAAGUGGUGGGAAAAGGCAUUGGAAAAGCACUCAACCUUUCCGAAAUGGAUAUUAAGAAGCUCAACAAACUGUACAGAUGUUCAAAUAAGAAACCUUUUGAUAUGGAAGAUGAUGAUGGAUCAGGAUCGAUAGAUAUUGAGGAAAAUUAUAUCAUUGUUUGAAACCUCAGAUGGAAAUUAUGAAUUGGCAAAGAAAUUUCCAAAGAAAUAUAAUCAAUCUGAAAUACAAGCAAAGCAAUUAUUUUCAAAAUAAAAUAAUGUAUCUCUUCUUGGCAGAAUUCAUAUGACGUGAAUUUCUGAAUUCUAUUGGAAUUUAUAUAUUUUUCCUCUUCAUCUGCAGAAAAUGUUAGUUCAUCAGUGUUCUAUGCAUAAAAAAUCAUAAAAUUAAAUCAUAAAAAAUGUGUUACGUGUGAACAUGUUACAAUAAUUUUAUGUAUUUUAAAGCUCUCAGAAUUGAAAUAAAAAGUUUUAAAACA